AUUGCAAGCGUUGGCAAGCUCAACCGUUGCGAUCAAGGCGGCUCCCCUCACGCAUAGCUAGCUUGACAACAAGUAAAUUUAGUUGAACAACAGCCUACGAGCACGCUCAACACUAGCAUUGGGGUGGCUGGAUAAUCUUCUCUACCUCAGCUCACACCUGCUCCUGUCGCACGUUGCACAGGUUUUGGUGUGUAAACUUUUGCCGUUGUUGUUGUCUCGUGCGAGUACCCACCUGUACUUCAGUGGUAAUAAUAUUAGAAGGACGAAAUGGCUGAGAUAAAGGCUGCUGAUAGCACACAACUUAGAGAGAUAUUUUUGAAAUAUGCGAGUAGUGUGGACAAGGAUGAACGGCUCAUGACAGCCGCCGACUUUGCCCAAAAGUUCCUUGGCAUUGUUCCGGAAGAAGGCGGCAACGUCACAACCACUAGUCUUAUAACUGGAGCUGCUGAUCAAACCAAGGAUGGGAAAAUCUCGUUUGCUGAGUUCCAAGCGUUUGAAACAGCGCUGCGCUUACCAGACGCUCUGUAUGUCCUGGCCUUCCAGCUAUUCGACGUUGACUGCAAUGGUGCCAUUGAUCUGAAGGAAUUCAAAGAUGUCCUUUCGAAGACAACCAUGCAUGAGCUAGUCCCGUUCGACGCAAACUGUCCACUUGUAAAGACGUACUUCGGUCCGGACGGGUCCCGCAAGUUGGACUACGCUGCUUUCUCACAGCUUAUUCAGGAAGUGAAGAGCGAGUACCUACGGCAAGCGUUUCUUCACUUUGAUACGAAGAAGAACGGCACAAUCAGCGCACUGGACCUUGCUGAGAUCUUGAAGGCGUUCAGGAAGGGUGCGAUGUCAGAGUUCGUCGAGGAGCACCUGGUCACGGUUGGUGGUGGUCAUGCGUCGCACACAGUGACGUAUUCCUACUACAAGGCCUUCAAUGGCAUGCUGGACAAACUGCCGCUGCUUGAACAUAUCUUCUCGUUGGCGUGCCGAGACAGUUCAGCGAAAGAGGUGACGAAAGAGGAGCUCCUGGCCAGCUCAAGACAAUUUUCACAGGUGACUCCGUUGGAGAUAGACAUUCUCUUUGAGCUGUGCAAUCUGAAUGAGCAGACAGGACGGGUCCACCGUGAUGACUUACGGAAGCUGAUGCCACGACUUCCCCCGUCUCGCUUGUCUGCAAGCGCUGGUGAGGCACAGGCUUCGCAGGAUCCGUACGAGUACAAGGAAAUCAGCGUAGGCAUGCAGGUGCUGGAGAGUGUCUACCGUUUUAUGCUUGGUGGCAUUGCUGGUGCUAUGGGAGCCACAGCAGUUUACCCGAUUGACUUGGUGAAGACACGUAUGCAGAACCAGCGCUCGACCGGUAUGGUCGGUGAACUCAUGUAUAAGAACAGCAUUGACUGCUUCUUGAAGGUGAUACGCAACGAAGGGCCGCUGGGUCUCUACAGAGGUCUGUUGCCUCAACUGGUUGGCGUAGCACCGGAGAAAGCCAUCAAAUUAACUGUCAACGAUUUGAUGCGCGGCAAAAUGACAAGAAAGGACGGCAGCAUUCCGUUUUGGGGGGAGAUGCUUUCCGGCGGAUGUGGAGGCGGCUGCCAGGUAAUGUUCACGAAUCCACUGGAAAUUGUCAAAAUCCGCUUGCAAGUACAGGGAGAAGUGAAGGACGGCAGGCGAGUGGGCGCAGCUAAAAUAAUCCGCGAGCUUGGCUUCCGCGGUCUCUACAAGGGAGCGUCAGCGUGCUUCAUGCGUGACAUUCCGUUCUCCGCCAUCUACUUCCCGACGUACGCGCACAUGAAGUCGUACCUGGGUGGCGACGAGCCCAAGAAGGUUCACUUCAUGAUUGCUGGCUUCAUUGCUGGUGUGCCUGCUGCGGGUCUACUCACCCCUGCUGAUGUCAUCAAAACAAGAUUACAAGUCAAAGCACGUGAAGGGCAGCGGACAUACAACGGCCUUUUUGACUGCAUGAGAAAGAUCUAUGCGGAUGAGGGAGGCCGUGCAUUUUGGAAGGGUGCAGGAGCGCGUAUCUGCCGAUCCUCACCUCAGUUUGCCGUAACCCUGUUCACGUACGAGUUCCUCCAGAGCGUGUUCGACGUCGACUUUGGCCGCGCAAAGAAACCGUCUCACAACAAGGCAUCUCCCCUGCCUCCCCUUCAGCACAGUGACUUUGUCGGCGGCCUCCAACACGCAAACACCACCUUUGCCGGCGUGGAGCGCCACUUUGGCCUGGUCCUUCCCAGGUUUGCUCCCAGGACAGAAGCACAGCAGCAGCAAGCACGUUGACACGCCGCCUGUACGUGCCCUGGUUCACUCCUCCACUCGCUCCUUCAGCAGGGUAUUGUGCGUUCACACUGAGCUGUAUGGCCACAUACCACUGCUUCACCCCCUUUCCCGUCCACCGGAACGGUAAACCUAACUAGCUACAUUGGUAGCUACUCCGUGUACAGCAUAGAAUACACAAACUCUGAAAUCCGACGUCUGCCGCCGAAUCAAGCAUAGUAUCAUAUCCAAGAACUCCUCACACCUAGAUGCAUCUCGUCAUUUUGAAUACGGUAUGUACAAACCAUGAAAAAUCAUGAAAUUUUCCUUUUCUUUUUUGGAAACAUCUUCAAUUUACCCUUCACGAAACACAUGCUUUGUGCUGUACACAUGCUUUGCGCUGUGUGCUAGUUAUUAGGACGUGUUUAGCCUAUCUCUUUGCUUUCCAUGUUGAGUCCCCUGCCUCGACCUGCUCGCCUAUCUACCUUUCUUGCAACUUUUCCCCUUCGCCUAGUUUUUAAUUUAUUGUAUUUGAUAUGGCCGGCUCGGAAUUUCUGGACCUUUAUUUUGUUCUUUUCAACUUUUUUUAACGCAUUUAUAUGGUAAUAGGGCGGUUUUGGUCAAUGGCAUUCCAGUCUAACCAGCCCUGUUUGUAUUUGUGUGAAGCUGUGUUUCUGUUUGAACAUAAAGCAAAUAGAAUCGUCAAUCACCGCUGAUUAUAUAUUGUCCAUGGCAACGUUUGUCAGGAAGGACACAUACUAAUUUGCUCAACGCGUCCCGUGAAGUUGUCCCCGACGACGACAAAGACUUCGGUCCUCUUCUAUUAUUAUUUCUGGCUUGUUUUGAUAUUUUCUGGAUAAGUCAUAGUGCACCCUAGAUCUGCUCUCCGUUUUCCUCUUCCUCUCGUCUUUUUUUCUUUCUCAGUACAGUUCUUAUCUGUGUAAUAUUUAUGUUCGAGAGCAAUAAUAUUGCCGUGCUCUGAGUUCCCGGCUCUGUCAAUCUAGCUAUUCAGAAUCUGUCCAAUUUCUGUGAACUUCCAGUGUGCCAAAUUCGAAUGAUUUGUUCAUUUUCUAAGCGAUCAUUUUCCGGGUACCAUCUCUAUAUUCUGUUGUUGACCUUCCGAGGCAACAUAGGUGCAGUUUUCCUAAAAGUC